AUGACACUUUGUGAAUGUGCAAAGUUUUUAAUUAGGCUCCCUAGACAGCCCGAGGCGGCAGCAGCGCCACAAAGUCUUCACGGUCUCUCUGCUUUACAGCACAACAAGCCGCUCUACUCCUUUGAAGACAAUGCAGACUAUGUGUACGAUGUCAUGUGGUCCCCCGUGCAUCCCGCGCUGUUUGCCUGCGUGGACGGGAUGGGGCGCUUGGACCUCUGGAACCUCAACAAUGACACCGAGGUUCCAACAGCAAGUGUGGCCAUCGAGGGGGCGUCUGCCCUAAACCGUGUUCGCUGGGCUCAAGCUGGAAAAGAAGUUGCCGUUGGGGACUCAGAAGGCCGCAUUUGGAUCUAUGACGUUGGAGAGCUUGCAGUUUCCCACAACGAUGAGUGGACUCGAUUUGCCAGGACCCUCGUGGAGAUUCGCGCUAACAGAGCUGAUAGCGAGGAGGAAGGCACGGUUGAGUUAGCUGCCUAG